AUGGCAAAGGCACCAGCAGUCGUGAUAGUCGUCAGACAUGGUGCUCGACUAGACGCUGCCGACCAAUCAUGGCAUCUAACAUCGCCCACUCCUUAUGAUCCUCCGCUCACCUAUGGCGGUUGGAUCCAGUCGAGAGCACUUGGUUUGCGCAUUGCCAGUCUCCUCCACGAACGGGAGAGGGGCUCCGCCUCGUCAGGCACCUCGUCAGCUUCCACAUCACGCACGAAGCGCAGAAAGCACAAAGUCGUCAUCCAUUCGUCGCCCUUCCAGAGAUGCGUCCAGACGGGUAUUGGCAUUAGCGCCGGCCUCACUCAAUACCAGGGCUUGCCAGCCAACGCCCGAAAGAGUAGCGAUGCCCGCCUCAAGACACUGAGCCAGCUCCGUGGCUCCCCUAGCCUGCGACCUCGGGACGCCUCGGCCUCUCCCCAGCUACGUCCUGUGCCUGAGCAUGAAUCCGAGUCGCGAGACUAUUUGCGAAGCUCGCUCAAAGAGAAGGACUCGACACCACAUAGCCGUGCCACUCUUCGUGUGGAUGCCUUUCUGGGCGAAUGGUUGUCACCCGAUUACUUUGAGAUGAUCACGCCGCCUCCAGAGAGCACCUUGAUGGUCACGGCUGCGAAGGCCGAGCUUCUUCGUCAGGCCGAUAAGAUCGAGACCUAUACGCCAUCAUCUCCAGCCGUGUCAGGAGGCAACCUCUGGGGAACGCCUCAGACUGGUCGUCAGCACUCGAGCUCGGUCAGCAAUGUGCCUUCUCCUUUGUCGCACGAGACCAAUGGUCCUCUCGAAAACUGGCAGGUCUUCUCACGCGAUAUGCCCUCGAGAGAUCGCACAAACAGCCUAGGGACCAACAAGCAACCUGAGCACUUCAGACCCGCUGAUCCAUCCAAUCUGUCCCACAAGCACGACGACUCGUCUGGCUACAGCCCGCCUACCCCAACCUAUGCCAUCUCCCCUGGCGAUCCUAUCCCCCGCGGCUAUGUUGCCCACGCUCGUGAUCAGUGUGCCAAGGUUGACUACAAGUGGGACAGCAUGCGCGAACCACAAUCUUGGGGCGACGGUGGUCGUUUUGGCGAGGAAUGGAGUCAGAUGCACAAGAGAUUCCGUCAUGGCAUAUCUAGUAUGGUUGACUGGUAUGCCACAACUCGGUCCGAGUCGAAACAGCCUACCCACACCCAUCACGAAGUUGUACCCGAAGAUGAUGACGACGAAGAACUUGUCGUAGUGUUGGUCACGCAUGGAGCCGGCUGCAAUGCUUUGAUUGGCGCCCUCACUAACCAACCUGUACUACUCGAUGUCGGCAUGGCCUCCCUCACCAUGGCCGUACGUAAAGGUGACACAUCUACUUCACCAUCUGCAGGCGAGCAUGGGUCGCCUAUACCUCGUCGGCAGAGCUCUAUCGACUCCGGUCUGUCUUCAUACUACGAGAUGAAGAUUAUUGCAUCAUCAGAGCAUCUUCGUCCUGGUGUCGAUCCUACCAGAACAUCCGCACCCAUGGUGUCCUCUCCUGUCCUUUCUGCUUCGCAAACCGUGCCCCAAUCACGCAGUCGCCGU